UUGCUGCUUAAUUUUUUCAGAAUUAAGCUUGCAACUAAUUCAAAAAUAAUAAUUUCAAUCAAAACGGCGUCCUAUAAGCAACAACGUUCAUAUGAACUAGACACUGAGUGGCCAGUAUGUAGUCCGGUAUCGAUUGGAAUGGAUUCCAAUUUUUAUGAUCAUCAUCAAUCACCAUUAAAUAAUAAUAAUAAUAAUAAUAAUUCAUUUGAUACAAAUAAAUUAUCAACAACAACAACAACAACAAAUCGUGUUACAAAGUGUGUUUCACCAUUACAAUCGCUUGUACAUAGUACAACAAAUAUUAAUAACGGUUCGGAUGUUGGUAUUACAACCGAUCUCAGUAGUCCUGAACUUACAUUUGAUCAUAUUUCAAUACAACAAUUUAUAACAAACGAUCAGAACGAUAAUAAUAAUCAUCAUCAUCAUCCCUCUCCCAAUAAUAAUAACAACAACAACAACGAACCAUUAGAUACAGAAGAUUUCUCAACAAAUAUUUGUAAUAAUAGUCAACAAUCAACAACAGCCACAGCAACAACAACAACAAAUAAUAAUAAUAAUAAUAUUUUUAUUUCAAGCUCAUUUGGUCAUACAAAUAAUUAUAUAAAUGAUACUCGUUUAACAAAUACAAAUAAUAAUGGUAAUAAUACAAGAUUAUCAUCAAUUGAAUUAGGUGAUAAUUCAAAUCAAUCAAUAACACAAAGAUCACAACAUCAACAACAACAUCAUCAUAUGAUUUUUGGUAUGAAUCCAUCAACAACAACAGCAACACAUUCUGGACGUAAUAAUAAUCAUAAUCAUAAUAAUCGUAAUAAUAAUAAUAAUAAUAAAAAUCAUUCUAAAAAACAUGUUGAUAAAGGAUCGGAUGAAUAUAAAAAACGACGUGAACGUAAUAAUAUUGCUGUUAGAAAAAGUCGUGAAAAAGCUAAAGUUCGUAGCCGAGAAACGGAAAAAAAAGUAUCACAAUUAGCCGGUGAAAAUGAACAGUUAAGGAAAAAAGUUGAUUCACUUAAUAAAGAAUUGAAUGCAUUGAAAAGUUUAUUUGCAAAUGUUGGUAUACCACCGGAAAGUGUUGAUUCAGAAAUUGAAAAAGGAUUACAAAUGGAAUCACAACAACAUAUGCAUUCAACAAAUUUUCAAUCUAUGUAAAAUUUAUUUAGACAACAAAAAAAAAUUAUCAAUUAUUAAUUUUA